AUGGUAUCGUUUAGGCACGUGUGGUGUGUUUCAAAAGGAAUAGGCGCCGUUGCUACCACGGGGAUUGUGGGCUAUGCCUUGUUCAUUAACGUUUCUGAAGGAAAAAUAGUUCACGCGUCCUGGACGACCAACUUUGAACCCAGUGUAAAGUGGGAUGACAACUGGGACCGGAGAGACCCGGAAUCUCUAGUUAAGCCAUUAAAAAACGGUUCAUCAGACAAGGAGGCCAAAGAUAGAGCUAACGAGUUAGAGAAACAGAAACCUACAGCCACACGGCACUUACUUCUGAUCAGACAUGGACAGUACAAUCUGGAGGGAAAAGAGGAUUCCGAGAGAUUUCUGACUAAAUUAGGUAGAAAACAAGCCGAGUACUGUGGUCAGAGGUUGAAGGAAGCAGAUCUGCCAUACACCAAACUGAUCUCAUCCACCAUGACCCGGGCUGUAGAAACAGCAGAAAUCAUACACAAAUGUCUCCCUCACUUGACCUGGGAGAGGGAACCUAAUCUGUGUGAGGGUGCCCCGAUUCCCCCUGAACCUCCAGUAGGCCAUUGGAGACCAGAAAAAUCGCAGUUCUUUCAGGAUGGUCCUAGAAUAGAAACUGCCUUCCGAAAACUUUUCCACAGAGCUGAGGUUGAACAGACUAAGGACAGCUAUGAAGUGGUUGUUUGCCAUGCCAAUGUAAUCAGAUACUUUAUAUGCAGGGCUCUUCAGUUUCCACCAGAAGCUUGGUUAAGGAUUAGUCUAGAUCAUGCCAGCAUCACGUGGGUCACUAUACGACCGUCCGGCCGUGUCUCAAUUCGGAGGGUUGGAGAUUCAGGAUUUAUACCUGCUAAGGAAGUCACAGUUGUCUGAUGUAGACCGUUACAUAGUGUUUUAAAUUCACUCAACAUUUGCAAUGUUAAUCAUGAGUUGAUCUCAUAUUCUGUACAGUCUUACUGUCUCUAUGCCUCUGAACAACAUGCCAUUGGAUGAAAAAACCCAUGUUUGUGAUACUGUAAAUGUACUUUUUUCCACAAUUAAGGUAUUUAUUCUGCAGAAUUUUAAUUUCCGUUCAAUCUGUGGGUAGAAAAUUAUACAGAUUUUUUGGAAUGCCUUUGUAAGUGUUAAAUGUACUUCAACUACACUCUGACAAACAUCCUUGGAAAAAUUUGUUACCCCAUACAUCUUGUAAAUUAAUCCCAUGCUGAAAAUAGUAUGUUUCCAGUAUGUGAACUUUAAGGAACAAAGUUGUUGCAUGUCAAGACUGUAGUGUAUUCAUAUACCUCUUUUUAUUCCAAUCAAAAGUGUAUAAGUUUGUUUUAUGUCUCUUUUGAGAAAGGAAGAGAAUACAACUUUUUCAUUUUUUCAUAAGAGAUUUUUCAGCUAGGUGUUGUCUGUUAUUACUUCAUACUUUUAAAACAUUUUUCUCAAAUUAGAUAAUGCAGUUCCUGUACACCUAUGAUAUUUACUUAUCAACAAUUAAGGGCAAAAUUACAAAUCUAUUUAAUAUGAAGAUUAAAAAAAAGAAAAAUGGUCUGUAUAUAUUAUCCAAAAUAAACAUGUACAAUUAUUAUAAUAA